AGACUACCAGUUGAGAAGAGGCUAAAUCCUCACCGGAACACUCAUUCCUCCCAGCUUGGUGAUUUUGGAGAAUCUUGGAUACCAUUGCUUUUGCUUGGACAUUUUGUGAGUCACAGCAGGCGUUUUGUGUGUGUUAAAGUUGCAUUUACAGCAGUAGCCUACCUGUUCCAUUCCAACGGCCCGAGGUUCCAUCCUACCCAGCGGCGUCCCCAGGUGAGUGAGCGAAUCCCCGGGUGGGUACAGGUGAGUGGCAUCCAUGGAAUUCGUUAUCUGCAGUGAUGCUGAAAAUGUAAUGGAGAGAGCAUGUUUGUUUUAUUCAUCAGAAUUCACUGACUGCAUAUCUAUAGACCAGUGUAAGUGCGUUUUGUUUUACUACUCUAUAGGCAAAUAAAUAUUUUGGUCAACCAGGCAACAUGACCCAGUAAGGAAAUGCCUUUCUGAUCCUUCAUUAGCUGCGCUAUGGGAUUUUCGUUUCUGAUGUUACCAUCAUAUGGUAUAAUAAGAGUUGCCAAUAUGAGGUGUAGUUACAUUUCAGUCAUUUAGCAGACGCUCUUAUCCAGAGCGACUUACAGUUAGAGAGUGCAUACACUUUUUCAUACUGGCCCCCCGUGGGAAUCAAACCCACAACCCUGGCAUUGCAAGCACCAUGCUCUACCAACUGAGCUACAGAGGAGGUUAAUUUAUAUCCACCUAUACUGCUCAGUCAUAUCAUAUCAAAACUUGGUAUGCACGACUGUGCAGUCACGGUACCCUACACUUUGAGAAAAACAUUUUUUAAAGUAAAACUGUGACAAUUAUUAUUACAACUUGUUAGUAUUAGUGUUAGGCAAGUACAUUACUGUAGUAGAAAUUGCUGCAGCAGUUGCUGGUAGCCUAUCUGUUUGUGCUGGACUAGAUAAUGAUGAUGGUUAUCUUUUAAAAGUUUCUUGGGAUAGGAUGGAAUUAGUCAAAUCUAUAUUUGCCAACCUGUGUUUAUUAUGCUCAUUGUUUGAUGAAAUGCUAUUAUUAAAUUGCAGUUUAAAAAGUAUAGCUUAAACAAAACUUGGCUUACUCUAUCAUUUAGUACAAUUCAUUACUUAGAAACUAUCAUCAAACAGGAUAAUAUCCAACAAACCCACAUCUCCCAGUUAAAUUGUAUAUAAUGAUAAUUGCAGUUAGUUCUAGAUAAUUUUUCUUCUUCUUUACAACCUGGUUAUCAAUGCAACGUUGUGUAUUGUAGAGUGAGAGGGUGUGGAGGGUGCUAACUGGCUGUAUGUGUGGGUGCACAGUGGAGCCACAGCCUGGAGGUGAAGAAGCAGGAGAAACUGCUAACAGUAUCAAAGUCCACAUCUGCUUCCAAUUGAGAAGGAACAAGAAGCUGCUGUGUCUUAAUCUGAAUAUGUGCUCAAGCUGUCACUCAACUCACUUCCAGCCACAGAGCCAGCCACAACUGCUCUCUUCUCUUCACUCACUCUGAAUGUGUGUCGCUCACUCUCCCUCUCUCUUCCUUCCUCUCUCUUCCUCUCUCUCUCCCCCUUCCUCUAUCUCUCCCCCUUCCUCUCCCACCUCUUUCUCCCCUCUUGUAGAAUUUACUUAACUUGGUGGAACUUGAUGUGGACCAGAUUCAUUCAUGUAGAAAUGAACUGACCAAAUUUUGUUUCGUCAAAGAGUUUGUCUUUUUGGAUGUAGAGCUCAUUAGAACAAUACCCAGUAUUCUUUGCAACUGCACCUUAAAAACUGUGAAAUCUUAUGUUUCACCGAGUCAUGGCUGAACGACGACAUGGAUAACAUACAGCUGGAGGGCUAUACGCUGCAUCGGCAAGAUAGAAUAGCUGCCUCCGGUAAGACAAGGGGUGGCGGUCUGUGUAUAUUUGUAAACAACAGCUUGUGCACAAAAUCUAAUAUUAAGGAAGCCUCAAGGUUUUGCUCGCCUGAGGUAGAGUAUCUCAUGAUACGCUGUAGACCACACUAUUUACCAAGAUAGUUUUCAUCUAUAUUUUUCGUAGCUGUCUAUUUACCACCACAAACCGAUGCUGGCACUAAGACUACACUCAAUGAGCUGUAUAAGGCCAUAAGCAAACAGGAAAACGCUCAUCCAGAGGGGGCCCUCCUAGUGGCUGGGGACUUUAAUGCAGGGAAACUUAAAUCCGUUUUACCUAAUUUCUACCAACAUGUUAAAUGUGCAACCAGAAGAAAAAAAAAACUCUAGACCAGCUUUACUCCACACACAGAGACGCGUACAAAGCUCUCCCUCGCCCUCCAUUUGGCAAAUCUGACCAUAACUCUAUCCUCCUGAUUCCUGCUUACAAUAAAACUAAAACAGGAAGCACCAGUGACUCAGUCAAUAAAGAAGUGGUCAGAUGACGCAGAUGCUAAACUACACAACUGUUUUGCUUGCACACAUGGAAUAUGUUCAAGGAUUCUUCCGAUGGCAUUGAGGAGUACACCACAUCAGUCACUGGUUUCAUCAAUAAGUGCAUCGAUGACAUCUUCCCCACAGUGACCGUAUGUACAUACCCCAACCAGAAGCCAUGGAUUACAGGCAACAUCCACACUGAGCUAAAGUGUAGUGCCGCUUUCAAGGACUCUAACCCGGACGCUUAUAAGAAAUCCCGUUAUGCCCUCCGACGAACUAUCAAACAGGCAAAGCGUCAAUACAGGACUAAGAUAGAAUCGUACUACAUCGGCUUUGAUGCUCGUCGGAUGCGGCAGGGCUUGCAAACUAUUACAGACAACAAUGGAAAGCACAGCUGUGCGCUGCCCAGUGACACGAGCCUACCAGAAGAGUAAAUAACUACUAAAUUACUUCUAUGCUCAAUUUGAGACAAGCAACACUGAAGCAUGCAUGACAGCAUCAGCUGUUCCGGAUGACUAUGUGAUCACGCUCUCCAUAGCCGAUGUGAGUAAGACCUUUAAACAGGUCAACAUUCACAAGGCCGCAGAGCCAGACAGACUUUUAAAGAUUUUUAAGUUCUUAUUUACAAUGACGGCCUACAGCAGCCAAACCCGGACGACGCUGGGCCAAUUGUGCGCAGCCCUAUGGGACUCCCAAUCACGGCCGUUUGUGAUACAGCCUGGAAUCAAACCAGGGGGUCUGUAUUGACGCCUCAAGCACUGAGAUGCAGUGCCUUAGACCGUUGCGCCACUCGGGAGCCCAGGUCGUGUACUUCGAGCAUGCGCUGACCAACUGGCAUGUGUCUUCACUGACAUUUUCAACCUGUUCCUGACUGAGUCUGUAAUACCAACAUGUUUCAAGCAGACCACCAUAGUCCCUGUGCCCAAGAACACUAAGGUAACCUGCAGCCAUGAUGUGCUUUGAAAGGCUGGUCAUGGCUCACAUCAACUCCAUUAUCCCAGAAACCCUAGACCCACUCCAAUUUGCAUACCGCCCCAACAGAUCCACAGAUGAUGCAAUCUCUAUUGCACUCCACACUGCCCUUUCCAACCUGGACAAAAGGAACACCUACGUGAGAAUGCUAUUCAUUGACUACAGCUCAGCGUUCAACACCAUAGUGCCCUCAAAGCUCAUCACUAAGCUAAGGACCCUGGGACUAAACACCUCCCUCUGCAACUGGAUCCUGGACUUCCUGACGGGCCGCCCCCACAGGUGGUAAGGGUAGGUAACAACACAUUUGCUACACUGAUCCUCAACACGUGGGCCCCUAAGGUGUGUUUGCUUAGUCCCCUACUGUUCACCCAUGACUGAAUGGCCAGGCACGACUCCAAAAUCAUCAUUAAGUUUGCAGACGGCACAACAGUGGUAGGCCUGAUCACCGACAACGAUGAGACAGCCUAUAAGGAGGAGGUCAGAGACCUGGCCAUGUGGUGCCAGGAUAACAACCUCUCCCUCAACGUGAUCAAGAUGAAGGAGAUGAUUAUGGACUACAGGAAAAAGAAGAGGACCGAGCACGCCCCCAUUCUCAUCGACGGGGCUGUAGUGGAGCAGGUUGAGAGCUUCAAGUUUCUUGGUGUCCACAUCACCAACAAACUAUCAUGGUCCAAACACACCAAGAGAGUCGUGAAUAGGGCACGACAAAGCCUAGUCCCCCUCAGGAGACUGAAAAGAUUUUGCAUGGGUCCUCAGAUCCUCAAAAGGUUCUACAGCUGUACCAUAGAGAGCAUCCUGACUGGUUACAUCACUGCCUGGUAUGGCAACUGCUUGGCCUCCGACCGCAAAGCAUUAUAGAGGGUAGUUUGUACGGCCCAGUACAUCACUGGGGCCAAGCUUCCUGUCAUCCAGGACCUCUAUACCAGGCGGUGUCAGAGGAAGGCCCUAAAAAUGGUCAAAGACUCCAGCCACCCUAGUCAUAGACUGUUCUCUCUGCUACUGUACGGCAAGCAGUACCGGAGCGCCAAGUCUUGGUCCAAAAGGCUUAUUAACAGAUUCUACCCACAAGCCAUAAGACUCCUGAACAGCUAAUCAAAUAGCUACCCGGACUAUUUGCAUUGCAACCCCCCCACCCCACCCCUCCCCCUCUUUUACGCUGCUGCUACUCUCUGUUUAUUAUCUAUGCAUAGUCAAUUUAACUCUACCUACAUGUGCAUAUUACCUAAAUUCCCUCGACUAACCUGUGCCCCCACACAUUGACUCUGUACCGGUACCCUCUGUAUAUAGCCUCACUACUGUUAUUUUACUGCUGCUCUUUAAUUAUUUGUUAUUUUAAUUUUUUACAAAUCAAUUUUUUACUUAACACAUAUUUUUCCUUAAAACUGCAUUGUUGGUUAAGGGCUUGUAAGUAAGCAUUUCACUCUAAGGUCUACACUGAUUGUAUUCGGCACAUGUGACAAAUAAGAUUUUAUUUGAUUUAUGGGGGAGGGGAAUGGGCAGGGCAAAUGCAAUUUGUGUAGUAUAGUAUACUAUAUAGUACAGUUCUACAGUAUACUACAACAUUAUAUAGUAAGCACUACACGAUCAAGGGAUAAUACAGUGUGUAAUAUAGUUUUCUACAGUAUACUACAAAAUUCUAUAGUACGUACUACACAUGAUCAAGGGAUACUAGAGUGUAUAGCAUACUACAAUUUACUACAUAAUACUAUAGAAUGCUAUAGAAAGCACUAUAGUAUUUUUUUUAAUAAACAGUAGUAUUUUGUUAUGUGGGGCAGAUGGGAGCAUAAAGCUCCCUACUGAAAUCUUCACCAUACCAUCCAUUGUUAAUUGGAAAUAAAACUUUGAAUGUAAAGAAGUGCUUCAUUUAGUAGCUAGGACUAACAAAACUCAAAGAGCUAGAACUGACACAAUUGAUUCAUUUGGGAGGUACUUGAGUUUAAACAUGAUUACCUGAAUACCUGAAUACAUUUUGUCAAUCUGACAUAAUAAUUUAUCAUUAUUAUUUCUCAAUUUAAUAGUGUUUCAAUAACACAAUUAAAUUAAGAUCUGUAUUAAUAAUUUAAUGUAAAAAUAACCUGUUUCUAAUUAACUGUAACUGUUGUCUAAAAUUGAAUUAAGUAGAUCCAAAUACUUUUUUUGUGUGUAAAUCCUUCUAGAAAGGACCACUAUUUUGCAUGUCACAAAAAGAUUUCAUAUGUGCCAAUGUCAACACUACAUCCUUCCUUCUUCGUUUUCUUUCCCCAAGUGUCCUAUUCAUUGCAUUAUUACUGCUCUAGUAUUUAACAUCAAAUAUGAUUAAAUAAAUGAUAUAUGCUAUUCACAACAAAUACCAUCACAUAAUAUAGAAUUCCACCACCCAUAUAGGCAUAGUAUUAGUCCAUUCAGUGAGGUGGAAUAGUAAAGUGCACUACAUUUUUUUCUUAAUGCCUAAUUAUAUGUUGUGCUGGAGAGUAGGGGGCCAGGGAGUAUGGGUGCUGCUGUGUUGGUGAGGUUGUAGUGGGUGUAGUGUAUGUGAGUGGAGUGGAGCGGAGCGUGCCCAAUUUGACUGGAGCGCGGAGAGAGAUUCCCAAAGACUGGAGCGCCGGCUUUCUCGCCCGCUCCUAUUUCGCUCCAGUAGCACUCCAAGUAGGCCUACUUCACGAGCUCAGGGCAUGCCAUCAUGCAUGUGUAGUCUACUUGUGUGCUGCUAUAGCCCCUUGCUUUAGCUACUGUCAUGGAGCUCGUUAAAUACAGUGCAUUCGGAAAGUAUUCAGACCCCUUGAAAUGUUCCAUGACAGUAGCUAAAGCAAGGGGCUAAAGCAGCACACAAAUUGAUUAAAUCGUUUUUUUCUCAUAAAUCUACACACAAUACCCCAUACUGACAAAGCAAAAACAGGUUUUUAGAAAUUGUAGCAAAUAUAUAUAUAUAUGCAAAAAAAUAAAAAUGAUACCACAUUUACAUAAGUAUUCAGACCCUUUACUCAGUACUUUGUUGAAGGACCUUUGGCAGUGAUUACAGCCUCGAGUCUUCUUGGGUAUGAAGCUACAAGAUUGGCACACCGAGUUUCUCCCAUUCUUCUCUACAGAUCCUCUCAAGCUCUGUCAGGUUGGAUGGGGAGCGUCGCUGCACAGCUUUUACAGGUCUCUCCAGAGAUGUUCAGUCGGGUUGAAGUCCGGGCUCUGGCUGGGCCACUCAAGAACAUUCAGAGACUUGUCCCGAAGCCACUCCUGUGUUGUCUUGGCUGUGUGCUUAGGGUCGUUGUCCUGUUGGAAGGUGAACCUUCGCCCCAGUCUGAGGUCCUGAGCGGUCUGGAGCAGGUUUUCAUCAAGGAUUUCUCUGUACUUUGCUCCGUUCAUCUUUCCCUCAAUCCUAACUAGUCUCCCAGACCCUGCUGCUGAAAAACAUCCCCACAGCAUGAUGCUGCCACCACCAUGCUUCACCGUAAGGAUGGUGCCAGGUUUCCUCCAGACGUGACACUUGACAUUCAGGCCAAAGAGUUCAAUCUUGGUUUCAUCAGACCAGAGAAUCUUGAGUCCUUUGGGUGCCUUUUGGCAAACUCCAAGCGGGCUGUCAUGUGCCUUUUAAUGAGGAGUGGCAUCCGUCUGGCCACUCUAUCAUAAAGGCCUGAUUGGUAGAGUGCUGCAGAGAUGGUUGUCCUUCUGGAAGGUUAUCCCAUCUCCACAGAGGAACUCUGGAGCAAUGUCAGAGUUACCAUUGGGUUCUUGGUCACCUCCCUGAACCAAGGCCCUUCUUCCCCGAUUGCUCAGUUUGGCCUGGCGGCAAGCUCUAGGAAGAGUCUUGGUGGUUCCAAACUUCUUCCAUUUAAGAAUGAUGGAGGCCACUGUGUUCUUGGGGACCUUCAAUGCUGCAGACAUUUUUUGGUACCCUUCCCCAGAUCUGUGCCUCGACACAGUCUUGUCUCGGAGCUCUAUGGACAAUUCCUUUGACCUCAUGGCUUGGUUUUUGCUCUGACAUACACUGUCAACUGUGGGACCUUAUACAGACAGGUGUGUGCCUUUUCAAAUCAUGUCCAAUCAAUUGAAUUUACCACAGGUGGACUCCAAUCAAGUUGUAGAAACAUCUGAAGGAUGAUCAAUGGAAACAGGAUGCACCUGAGCUCAAUUUCGAGUCUCAUAGCAAAGGGUCUGAAUACUUAUGUAAAUAAGUGUAUCUGUUUUUUAUGUUUAAUACAGUUGCAAAACAUUUUACAAACCAGUGUUUGCUUUGUAAUUAUGGGGUAUUGUGUGUAGAUUGAUGAGGAUUUCUAUUGAUUUGAUCAAUUUUAGAAUAAGGCUGUAACGUAACAAAAUUUGAAAAAAGGGAAGGGGUCUGAAUACUUUCCGAAUGAACUGUGUUUUCAUGAAGAAGCUGAUAAAACACAGAUGUGCUUAAGAUAAGGACCAAGAGCAAGAGAGGGAGUGCGGUGAUGUAGUGUCCACAACUAAAGAAUCAUUGUGGAAUCUGAAAAGUACAACGUGCACAUGCUAAAAGAAAUGAACAAGGUGGGUAGAUAACUAAUUGUUUCAUUGUAGCAAAGUAUUUAUGAACUAAAAAUCAGAUCUCUUAAACAUUUAGUUUAUUUUUGUUCUAUUGUCUAUACAAUAGGCCAUCAUUGAUUUUGGCACAAUAGUCCUGGCAUAUUCUCACGUUCAAAGAGCUUUCCAUUUUGAUUGGGUUAUUUUGCCUAAAAACCUUUAGGCCUACCUAUAAUACAAUAUAUUUUAAAAAACUGCAUCUCUGCCCAGCCUGACAAGAGUGGCCAAUGGGGUGUUUAGCAUCCCCAGUGGCUCUGCAAGUGUGGAGAGGAUAUUCUCCGCUGCUGGCCUGUUCUCCAGGCACCAUGAGCCUGAAGCCACAGACUGGCCAAACUUUUAAAAAAUGAAUUCAAAAGGCACUAAUAAGUAAUUUUUCGUUUAAUUUGUAUUGCAUUCUAAGUAAGUCACAGCUUAUAUUUGCAAUGUAUAGACUAUAAUGAUUUAAUACAACUAAAUGUUGUUUAAAUGCUGAGCCCUUUAUGUCCCUACCAGACUAUUGUGUCGCACUCGCAAAUGCUUCACAAUGUAUUUCUAUGUAGGCUAUAGCCUUGAAAUAAUAUAGCCUAAAUAAUUCAUUUUAGUUCCUUCUUAGGGUCCCUGUCUGGCUCCUGACCUAUUUAGAGUGUUUAUAUGCUGUUUAAUAUGACAUGUAGCCUUUUUGAAAUGAUCAUUCCCCUUUUCAUGUUUAUUCAAAUACUUUUCAUAAAAAUCAUAUGGUUUGGUUUCAAUACUUCAAAACCAAAUGGUAGGUCCAGGUAGUCACAAAAAUGGGUGUUGGUUAAAUUGUGGUUUUAAUGAAUGGAGAGAAUUUGGAGCAGCAGUUUUUUUUCCCUGCGAGUGCCGAGCAGUUUUUAGCGGAGCGGAAAGUACGUGGAGCGCCAGAGUGCACACUGCUCCAUGAGUGAUGAGCGGGAUUUCCAACAGCUCCUCCGCUCACAUACUCUGGUAGUGGGGCACACUGAGGCUUCUUUGUACUUGCACACACACAUGCACAGGGUUACAGCAGGAAGCUUCUGAAACACACGUCUAGAGUUAGUUCUGCACUGGGUCUGAGAGGAGAACCAAGUGAGACUGAUCAAGACCACAAUGCAUAAGGGUUUCUCUGAGCUCUUUGCAAGGGCCUGAUCUAUCUUUCUCAUCACACUUAGUUCUGUCUGUAUCCCUCUUUUCUUUAUUCCAUCGCUCUCUUGCUAUCUAUGAAAUUAGUCUGUGGGAUUUCACAUACGUCUUCAUAUCAGAAGGCUGAUGUCAAUUGGCAUCAGUUUAAUGGUUCACUAAAACAGCUGCCAAGUAGGCAUAGCACACUCCACAGUUGUUGUCUUUGAUGUGGUAUCGGUCUACUCUCUCUGAGGAAGUUGCUUCCAUUGGGCAUUCACAAAUUGACCAAAAUGAGGCCAAUGAAUGACCACAACCACUUUCCAAGGUACGGUUAUCUAAGUGAUAACGAUAAACCUCACCAGGACCCCUCUCUCAGGACCCAAGAAGAGAAGUGCUUUUUGUAAUGCCCAUUUCGCAUAAACAUGACCCAGACAUUGUUAUUUUCCAGCGAUUACUCCUGUGCAGCGUUUGAACCCUUGCCUGCGGUGAUGUGAAGGAUUAGUCCUGUGUGCAGCUGUCUAUUAGGAUAGGACUGACUCCUGUAUACCUCCGCCAUCUGUUUGGCGUCAAGGGUUUUUAUGGCAGAUCUGGGCAGGAAUGUGCUGGUGGUAAAGUACCCGUAGAUGUCUCUGACAUGUUUUGUUCUGUGUUCUCUCGUUGCAGUGCAGUGUGAAGCCUGCCUAAACCCAGCUCUUACCCAGCCCUGAGAGGUCCGGCUCCCAGCCUGAACAUGAGACAGCUGUGUGUCUGUGUGUCUGUCCUGCUAUCCUUGGCCCUGGCUGUGGCUAGGCCAAAAGCAGGUUAGCCAAAUCCAACUGUGAAGUAAUAAAAUGACCAUGCAUGCAUUACAGUUUGGCACACGUUCAAUUGCUUCUUGCCUCAUAAUUUUUUCUUAGAUUCAAUCAGAAUGAGAACCGGCAUUGUGAGGAAGUUAAUGAAAUGAAUACAAAAUGACUGUUUACUUGUACGUAGAUAAUGUCAUAUUCAUGUAGCUUGUGAUGAACUUGCAGCUAAUUUUCAACUCUGGCUUCAUACAUUCUCACAUCGCCCAAUCCAGCACCGGAGCAGAAGUGCAAGUCCGGUCCAGUGGACCUGGUGUUCGUUAUUGACAGCUCUCGCAGUGUGCGACCCCACGAGUUCGAGACCAUGCGCAAGUUCAUGAUCGACAUCAUCCACACACUGGACGUGGGGGCGAACGCCACCCGGGUGGGCGUGGUGCAGUACUCCAGCCAGGUCCACAACCUCGUAUCAUAUUCUUAAUUGAUCUGUGUUUUUACACCUUAGCGAAGAACUACGCUUGGAAAGGGAAGAUAGUUCUUGGCAUGUAUUUCUUAUCUUGUCUUCCAUUUUCAAUCGCAGUCUUGUAGCUCCACAAACAAAGUCUAGAGAACUAUAGCUAAAGGCUAAAAGCUUUUGCGAUGCACAUGUUUUUUUCCUAGGGUUUAACUAAACAGUUUUUUCCACUGGUAAAGACUCAGUUGUACCUAAAUAGAGAUAGUUAGACAUGCAAACCCUGCACAUGAAGAGGUGACUGAAUCUUUGCAUGCUUCUAUGACUCUAGGUCCAGAACGAAUUCUCUCUCAAGACCCACGCCAAGCUGCAGGGCAUGGUGAAAGGCAUCAAUGAGAUCAUCCCCUUGGCGCAGGGCACCAUGACGGGCCUGGCCAUCAAGUACGUCAUGAACCAUGCCUUCACGGCACCUGAGGGUGACAGACCCAAGGUGCCCAAUGUGGCUGUCAUUGUAACGGACGGGCGGCCCCAGGACCGCGUGGCGGAAGUGGCGGCCGAGGCUCGGGACAAGGGCAUUGAGAUCUACACGGUAGGCGUGGCCCGGGCGGAUAUGACCUCGCUGCGCGCCAUGGCAUCGCCGCCCUUCGAGGAUCAUGUCUUCCUGGUGGAGUCCUUUGACCUGAUACACCAGUUUGGCCUGCAGUUCCAGGACAAGCUCUGCGGUGGGUUGGGUUGAUAUGCAAUAUUAUUGAAUUAUCAUCAAAUGUGUGUUCAGCGAUAUACGCGAUUUACGCAAUUAUCAAGAUACCACUCAGUUUCAAUAGUAUUGAGAAAAUCGCACUUUACAGUUGCUGAAGUGUCAAGGUCACCAGUGUUCACAAAGGUAUGUAUUCGUACCUGAGACUUUUAAAGCUUGUAAAAUGUUAAUUUAUCCUCAUAAACUCAACUCAUUUUCAGCUCUCGCUAUAAGUUACAUCCUUGGCAGCACAAUAUCAAGCAUUUGAUUAUAAUUAACAUGCAUCACUAGCUUUAGGGAACUUGAUAAUCUUUCAAAACAGUAUGAGCAAAUCCUUGAUAUUUCCUAAUGCCAAUGUUAGAGUGAUUAAAGGUAGAUUUUUUUGCUCAAUUGCUGGGGUUCCAGGGAUGGAUCUAUGCCUGGAGUCUGAGCAUGACUGCGAGCACCUCUGUGAGAGCUCCCCUGGUUCUUUCCACUGCCUGUGUCUACCAGGGUACACUCUCAACAAGGAUGGCAAGACCUGCACAGGUAGGCUGUCCAUUGGGCUAGACAUGAGCCAACGUAAUAGUUACAAAAUAAAUAAUGAACGAUAUAUAAUGUCAGUCAAGUGCAUGCAUAACUGUAGUGUAUACAAUUUCAUCACAGCACUUGGAUUUAACAGUAACUGGGCCUGGUUCUUGCAUACAGUACCAGUCAAAAGUUUGGCCACACCUACUCAUUCAAGAGUUUCACUUUAUUUUCACUAUUUUCUACAUUGUAGAAUAAUAGUGAAGACAUCAAAACUAUGAAAUAACACAUAUGGAAUCAUGUAGUAACAAAAAAGUGUUAAACUAGAUUCUUCAAAUCAGCCACCCUAUGCCUUGAUGACAGCUUUGCACACUUUUGGCAUUCUCUCAACCAGCUUCAUGAGGAAUGCUUUUCCAACAGUUUUGAAGGAGUUCCCACAUAUGCUGAGCACUUGUUGGCUGCUAUUCCUUCACUCUGUGGUCCAACUCAUCCCAAACUAUCUCAAUUGGGUUGAGGUCGGGUGAUUGUGGAGGCAAGGUCAUCUGAUGCAGCACUCCAUCACUCUCCUUCUUGGUCAAAUAGCCCUUACACAGCUUGGAGGUGUGUUUUGGGUCAUUGUUCUGUUGAAAAACAAAUGAUAGUCCCACUAAGCGCAAACCAGAAGGGAUGGCUUAUCGCUGCAGAAUGCUGUGGUAGCCAUGCUGGUUAAGUGUGCCAUGAUUUCUAAAUACAUUACCGACAGUGUCACCAACAAAGCACCCCCACACUAUCACACCUCCUCUUCCAUGCUUCACGGUGGGAACCACACAUGCAGAGAUCAUCUGUUCACCUACUCUGCGUCUCACGAAGACAAAUUUGGACUCAUCAGACCAAAGGACAGAUUUCCACCAGUCUAUGUCCAAUGCUCGUGUUUCUUGGCCCAAGCAAGUCUCUUCUUCUUAUUGGUGUCCUUUAGUAGUGGUUUCUUUGCAGCAAUUCAAACAUGAAGGCCUGAUUCACACAGUCUCCUCUGAACAGUUGAUGUUGAGAUGUGUCUGUUACUUGAACUCUGUGAAGCAUUUAUUUGGGCUGCAAUCUGAGGUGCAGUUAACUCUACUGAACUUUUCCUCUGCAGCAGAGGUAACUCUGGGUCUUCCUUUCCUGUGGUUGUCCUCAUGAGAGCCAGCUUCAUCAUAGCGCUUGAAGGUUUUUGCGACUGCACAAGUUCUUGAACAUUUCCGGAUUGACUGACCUUUCAUGUCUUAAAGGAAUGAUGGACUGUCAUUUCUCUUUGCUUAUUUGAGCUGUUCUUGCCAUAAUAUGGACUUGGUCUUUUACCAAAUAGGGCUAUCUUCUGUAUACCACCCCUACCUUGUCACAACACAACUGAUUGGCUCAAACGCAUUAAGAAGGAAAGAAAUUACACAAAUUAACUUUUAACAAGGCACACCUGUUAAUUUAAGUGCAUUCCAGGUGACUACCUCAUGAAGCUGGUUGAGAGAAUGCCAAGAGUGUGCAAAGCUGUCAUCAAGACAAAGGGUGGCUACUUUGAAGAUUCUCAAAAAUAAAAUAUAUUUUGAUUUGUUUAACACUUUUUUGGUUACUACACGGCAGGUAGCUUAGUGGUUAAGAGCAUUGUGCCAGUAACCGAAAGGUCGCUGGUUCUUAUCCCCGAGCCGACUAGGUGAAACAUCUGUCGAUGUGCCCUUGAGCAAGGCACUUAACCCUAAUUGCUCAUGUAAGUCGCUCUGGAUAAGAGCGUCUGCUAAAUGACUAAAAUGUAAAUGUAAAUAUAUGUGUUAUUUCAUAGAUUUAAUGUCUUCACUAUUAUUCUACAAUGUAGAAAAUAGUAAAAAUAAAGAGAAACCCUUGAAUGAGUCGGUGUGUCCAAACAUUUGACUGGUACUGUAUAUCAAUGGGACAUUUGUGAGAAAGUUUUAACUGUGAGCAUGUAGCCUAGGGGCUCUAUUCAAUAUGCAUUGCGGCAUUUCAGCUUUACAGCGUGAUUGAAAUUUAAAGGCAAUGUUCCAUCUUAAGCAGAGACUGCAUUCACGGUAAACACUGCAUAUGUCGGCUCAAUCGGAAACUAUCAUUACAUUUCUAUCACAGAUUCUUUAACACUUCAGAUUGAAUAGAGCCUUAUGUCAAAUUAGGAUCCAGCAGUUACAGACUUAGCAGCAACUGUGAUUUUUGUAUCUUUGUAUGAUACAGCCAUAGACCUGUGUGCUGAGGGGAAGCAUGACUGUGAGCAGAUCUGUAUCCCCUCCCCUGGAGCCUUCACCUGCGGCUGCAACACUGGCUACACCCUCGAUGACGACAAGAAGACCUGC